UCUGGGCGAUGUGAUUCUGAAAAGAUUCAUAACGUCUGCUCCAUCUUAGCUUUGACUGCACAUCCCACUGAGCCGUCGCCCCCUCCCCUCCGAAACCAAGAAAUGGAAAACGGGACUGAGAGAUGGCGUGUUAGGGUGAACGAAAGGCUGAACACGACGUCGGCGAUCACCGUCCGAGGUGUUCUCAUGAAGCUAAUCGGAAGCCUUAACAAGGAUGAUCCUAGGCCAACUGUGCCUCUCGGCCAUGGCGACCCCUCCCCGUUUCCCUGCUUCCGAACAACCCCCGUAGCUGAAGAUGCCAUUGUUGAUGCCGUCCGCUCCGCUAAGUUUAACUCUUAUCCACCGAGACAUGGUAUUCUUCCGGCAAGGAGGGCUAUAGCAGAUUAUCUGUCGUGUGAUCUUCCAUAUGUGUUAUCACUGGAUGAUGUUUAUCUCACAAUUGGAUGCAUUCAAGCCAUUGAAGUAAUACUAACAGUUCUAGCCUGCCCGGGUUCCAACAUUCUGCUUCCAAGACCCGGCUUCCCAUACUAUGAGGCUCGUGCGGCAUCUCUACAACUCGAAGUACGUCAUUUUGAUCUUAAUCCAGAAAAGGGUUGGGAGAUUGAUCUUGAGAGUGUUGAAGCCCUUGCUGAUGAGAAUACCACUGCCAUUGUCAUCAUAAACCCCGGAAAUCCUUGUGGAACUGUCUAUACACACCAGCAUUUGAAGAAGAUUGCAGAGACAGCAAGAAAGCUGGGCAUUCUGGUGAUUGCCGAUGAAGUUUAUCAUCACCUCACUUUUGGAACAAACCCAUUUGUGCCAAUGGGAGUAUUUGGAUCAAUAGUGCCUGUCAUCACUCUGGGGUCUAUAUCAAAGAGAUGGCUAGUACCAGGUUGGCGACUUGGUUGGCUAGUGACAUGUGAUCCUAAUGGCAUCCUUAAAAAAUUGGGGGUUAUAGAAAGCAUUAUGGGCUGUCUCAAUAUGACAUCUGAUCCGCCAACGUUUAUUCAGGGGGCAAUUCCACAUAUCCUUGAAAAAUCUGGGGGGGAUUUCUUUUCAAAAACUAUUGACACCCUUAGGGUCACUGCAUACACAUGUUAUGAUAGAAUUAAGGAAAUCAGUUGCAUUACUUGCCCAAACAAACCAGAGGGAUCCAUGUUUGUGAUGGUGAAGCUAAAUAUUUCAUUAUUGGAAGACAUUAAUGAUGAUGCAGAAUUUUGUCUCAAGCUGGCUAAAGAGGAAUCAGUUAUUAUUUUACCAGGGGCAGCUCUUGGAAUGAAGAACUGGUUGCGCAUAACUUUCGCAAUUGAUCCUUCAGCUCUUGAAGAUGGAUUUGAGAGAAUUAAAACCUUCUGCCAUAGGCAUGCCAAGAAAAAUAAUAUUUUCUCAGUUAUAAGAUCGAGCAGUGGUGAUCAACAACUAUGCAUUGGAUCUCAUGUUCAAGCUGGCUUCUCAUGGUGCUUUAGAUGAAUGUUAAGAACCAUUUUUGGGUUGGGAUUUGUUAAUAAAAUUCCCUAAUUCCCUCUUUGAAGUUUUGCUACUCAAGCAAGACUUAACAGAGGGAGGAUGAUGACUAGUGAUUGGGAACUUCUUGUUGCAUGAUCUCGUGUUGUUAAUAAUAUGUUGAUGAUUAGCAUCAUCAUCGUGAUGCAUGAUC